UUAAUGGCAGAAUGACUAGAAUGAUUAUGAGCCAAUGGUUGCAAAAAAAUGGGGUGUACACCUAUGAAGCUUCUGAUUGGAAUGGGUUGACCCAAAAUCUUCAGGAACUCUUUAACGUACAAAGCCUAAAUUCAGUUUCAAAACCUGAAGAAUCAGACCUAGAAAGUAAUAUUGCUUCAGUUUUGAUCAUAAUUAUUGACAUUGGACUACUUGACUUGAGCACUGAUGUAUGGAAGCAACAGCUCAAUGUUCUACAGAAAUACUUUGGCAAAGUGAAAUUUGCAUGGAUCUUAAACCAUGACAUCUCCAGUACCAUUAAAACACAACUGCGUAGCAGAGGGCAUCUGUUGAUGGUUAAUAGACCUCUGUACAAAGCAAAAAUGAUUCAGAUUUUAGAAGCUGUCAUAAGGGACAGGAAUUUUCAGAUGCAAAACAAUUUAAAUGGUUUACCAACUACAGUAGCGGAAAGACAACUCUGUGAAUGUCUUGAAAUCGAUGCUAUACACUCUACUUCUGUCAGUUCAGAUGAUUCCGACAAGUCCGAGAAAGUGAGUUCUAAUACUAUGAGUGCACUUCGUGGUGCAGAGAAGAAAAAUGAACAUUUCUCUGAUGCACUUUCCCUGCAACGCGUUAUACGUAGUAACGGCUCUUCUUCUGACCUAACUCGAGCAAAUCUAGAAGAGGAUGCUUCUGACAUGGAUGGUUUAGGUCAAAGAAGAAGCAAAGAACAAAAUUGGACUAGAUCUUGUCCUGAAGAUAAAGGUAGUGCAUGCUCAUACAAGGUAGUGAAUGAACGAAAAUCUCUUGAGGGUCUACGCAUACUUCUUGCAGAAGAUACGCCAGUGCUGCAGAGAGUUGCAACCAUAAUGCUGGAAAAAAUGGGAGCUGAAGUAGUUGUCGUAGGAGAUGGAAUCCAGGCCGUUGAUGCUUUACAAUACAUAACUAUUUUGAAUGAGUAUAAAGAGAAAUCCCUCUUGGUUGAUGGCAACUUGAGAACCACUCAUACAGAAGCAUUGCCAUAUGACUUGGUUUUAAUGGAUUGUCAAAUGCCAAAGAUGGACGGCUAUGAAGCAACAAGGGCUAUCAGGAAAUCAGAAUCGGGAACUGGUUUGCACAUCCCAAUUGUUGCACUAACUGCUCAUGCCAUGUCUUGUGAUGAAGCAAAAUGCUUAGAAGUUGGUAUGGAUGCUUAUCUUACAAAGCCAAUUGACUGUAAACGCAUGGUUUCCACCAUCCUUUCUUUAACUAAGAGAAUAGUCUGACCGUAAACCUUUGAACUGCUCCAGUACUGGUUGUUCUAUACAUAGGAAAAAUAAGAUGAGGUAUGGAAAAAGAGAGAAAAAAUAAUUAACAAAAUAAAUAAGCUCAUGUGCAGUUUUCAUGUAUAGAAAAGAAUGGCUAUUUAAUCCUUUUUGCUUCUCCAUAUAUACCGAGCAUGCUAUCACAUAUUCUGAGUUCUUGAACUAGUUAGUUCACAUGUCAGUAUAUUUAUCA